GUGGGCCGUAAAGACAGGUCUGUCUAUUAUGGUGACAAAUAUUGGAUGGCACAUUUUAUGUUUAAAAAUAUUAAUAAAUUAGGCUUCCAACCUUUAUCGAGUUUGUUAAAUCUUGUUGGAAUCUUGCCUACUAGAGGAUACAGAGAGAUUAAGAUAAAAGAGGAAGAUAAUGUAACAACAAUUGAAGGUAAAAUGUAUGAAGAUGACAAUUCUAAGUUUGUUGAUAGAGAUAAUCCAGAAGAUACAUGUCCAAUACGUAGUCGAGGAAUUCAGGUUACAUAUGAAGAUGUAUUAAUACUCAAUCAGUUCAUGACAAAUAAUGGAGAUGUGAUUCCUCGUUCUAUCACUGGACUAUGUUUACGAGAACACCUAAAAGUAACAAAAGCUAUUAAAAUGGCACAACGUGCCAACCUAUUACCUGGUGAAGAACCUCGAAUAGAUCAUUUGGGAAAAGAAAUACCAAAGCUGAAUUGUUAUCUCACUAACUUUCCCAUUGGUUCACAAACUGCUGUGAAAAGACCUGGACCUGUUUGGAAGAGAAGAUAUUAUAAAGUUGGGGAUCCAGUUGCAGCUCAGGAUGCACCAACAAUAAGUAACCGAAGAAUACGGACUGGUCACUAGGGAUGACUUUUUGUAUAUUUGUAUGAUAGGCGUAUUGAGCACGACAAUGCUAUUUAAUAAAGUUAGUUUAAUGCAAAAGUUUUGGAAACUAGUUCCAGAACUUGUUCAGGUCUUGGGAUUCAAAGGGCACGUAUCAUCUUUGUUAAAUUUCAUUAUUUUGAAGUGUGCAAUUCCCAAUAUUAAGCUCAGGCUGUCAGGGGUUGAAUGCUGCUAAAAGUAAGACUUUUUUUAUCGAUAACUAUUGAUAAAUUAUAACGGUGUUGUAGUUUCAUGGUGCUUAUACAAGGUUUAGCAAUAUGUACAAAAUACAGAUGUAUCUAAUAAAGAAAGUUUAUGAACUUGAAUGUGACUCAAACAAUUCUACCGCAUGUGUAACGACAUUUAGUGUCAAUUAUGAAAAACAAUGACUAUGACAUGUGUACUACAUCAGUUCAAAUUUAUAGUUCUCUAAUUUUUUGUGUCUAGCCUUGCAAUUGUGGUGCUCCAGUGUUAAUUGCAGUAAGUUUACUUUGUAGAAGGUAUACAUCUUUGUUGGCGUGAAAUAUUAUUUUACCAUUCUAUGUCAGUUGAACCCAAUAUGAAUCUUAAUACUCCAGGUAAUAUGCUUCAGUUUGUUACAAGUAAUUGAAUGGACUUCACCCUUUUUCCUUUUUAUAG